GUUGCAUUUUCUCUUCACACCGUUUUCCGGUUAUCAAUAGAUAUCAACAUAGUCGCGUCUUAAAAUCUUAAAUCGGAGCAUAUUUAGUCGAUAACCCAAAUUAAGAUAACGAGUAACACAACAGAUUUACUCCUGCAUUUAGUAAUCGUAUUUCUUAUACUAGUAAAGAAACUAAAACAACUGGAGAUUCUAAUAUGCGUAUUGGUCGGUCACUUAUCACCCAGUCGGGGCAGCAGUAAAAUGAAUAUAGGACUCUUGAUGGGAAUAUUCGCGUCGCUUAGUACGACAGGGCUCUUAUCUGGGUGGUGUCUUUUUGGCUAAACAAUCAUUAUUUAUACACAUAGUCGGGUUCUUCCUCCGACAAUUUUUUUUUGCUAUCUUGUGGGUUGCUAACAAGUGAUAUCAAAUGAUUGAUUUCUGCUCGAUUCCGUUCACUUUCAAGCAUCACGUUAAAUCAAGCGGUCCCCCGGAGAUGAUGUCGAAACUUUUAGACGAGUCUGGAUCGAAAACUUGCAACGCCCGAAAUGUACUGCUGUUUGCAGCCGGAAUCGGUGUGACUACUUUGGCCGGAUAUGGCAUUUAUCGGUUGGCGAAAAAGUACCUGGACUCGAGGCCACCAAAGAAAUGGCGCCGUGUGGGAGAAAUCACCGAUAUCAUCGUAUAUCCCAUUAAAUCAUGUGGCCCAGUUCGGUUGAGCAAGGUCGAGUGCUCAUCGAUUGGGUUGCAGCAGGGAUUGUUGCGAGACCGCAUUUUUAUGGUGAUCACCACGGACGGAAGCUUCAUAACUGGCCGAUCCCAUCCUACGAUGGUGCUGGUUCAGCCUAAAUUUGACGAAGCCUACGAAACGAUGACCCUAUCGGCACCAGGUAUGAUGGACAUCGCAGUCGAUGUGAAGCGACUGGCAACUGUGAACCCCAUCAAGGCCUCUGUCUGGGGCCAGACAGUAACGGCCGUGGACUGCGGCGAAGAAGUUGCCCGAUGGUUUUCCCGGUUUCUGGUCAGUGAAGAUUUCGGUCUUCGGUUAGUCUACUAUCCUUUGGAUCACACUACUCGGGAGGUUCGAGAAAAAAACAAGAUCCACAAACUGCUGACUGCUCAAGACAGUGGAGCCCUGCAUGAUGCCACCAGUUUUAUGAUGCUUUCGGAAGCGUCCGUCACUGAUGUGAACUCACGAUUGGAGCGCCCUGUAACGGCGCUCCAAUACAGGGCCAACUUCUUGAUGAAAGGUCCAACAGCUUUCGAAGAAAACUCCUGGAAAUGGGUAAAAGUGGGCGAGACAAUCUACCUCAACGUUAAACCCUGUACAAGAUGUCUCUUUACUAAUGUUGAUCCGGAAACGGGAAUCCCCAGUGAUGACAAUGAACCACUGAAGACUCUGAAAACCUAUCGCAAAAUGCCGGGUCUGGGAGAUUCUCCCGUGGUGGGAGCUCAGAUGGGAAUUCGGGUUGCAGGAACUGUGCACCUUGGGGAUUCCGUUUACGUGGGUUGUUAGCUGGAGCAUUCGCUCCAAAAGGGUUUCAAUUCGCUUUCCCAAGAUUAAAUGGAAAGGGCCAUAAGAAUAGUGUCAUAACAUUACAGCAUUUAAUACCUGUUUAAAGAAACGUAUAAUUUUGUUGAUUUAUGAUGCAAAUGUUUAACUACAUUGAACCACAAUCGUUUAGGUUAACCGAAGUCUUCAUAAAGAUCGCCCGAGCUUUUGCUUAUUCAAUAAAAUGCAAAAAGUAAUA